GUGCUUUGUACCGCAACGGGCAACAGCUGCCGAUUCAGGCGGGAGUGGUUGGAGCCACGAGCCCGUGAUGCUUCUGUGCCUACGAUUGGCGGAUUGCCCGCAGCCUUGUGGGGCCCCUUGCAGCUCAUGGCAGGCAUGCAUCAUUGCCGUGCCGUGGACAAGGGUCAGCAAUUCCAUUCAUCCCGAAACGCGUCGUGUCCUUUUGGAUCAUUUUUGGAGGAAAGCCCGACCUUUUGUUGGAAGCGCUCUGCAGCGUCUGCGUCGCCCACCGAGCUUUACACUACUAGACACCAGGUACUGAUUUCAUCAACCCCGCCAGCAGCUGCCUGCUCAAAGCCCAACAUCGGCGCUGCUGCAUCGGCAGCCCUGGACUCUGUCAUAUCGAAUCAAUUGGCUUAGACGAACGGCAAGCGGCAACAUGGUGCUAAACUUGUUUCGCGUGGCGGGGGACCUUUCCCAUCUCGCGUCCAUCUUCAUUUUGCUGCACAAGAUUGUGCAGCUCAAGAGCUGCUCAGGCAUCUCGUUCAAAUCACAAGUGCUGUACCUGAUUGUCUACUUCACACGAUACCUCGACCUACCAUGGACCUCGUCGCCGUACAAUUUUAUCUUCAAGAUCCUGUUCAUCGCAUCGCAGAUGUACAUCAUCUACCUGAUGGCGUCGGCAUACCGCCCCACUAAUGACCCGAACCUCGACACGUUCCGCGUCGAAUACCUGCUGGGGUUCGCGGCGGUGCUGGCAGUACUGUUCCCCUACAAAUACACAGUGCUGGAGGUCUGCUGGGCCUUCUCAAUCUGGCUCGAGUCGGUGGCCAUCCUGCCCCAACUGUUCAUGUUACAGCGCACCGGCGAGGCCGAGGCCAUCACGGCCCACUACCUCUUCGCCCUCGGCACCUACCGCGCCCUGUACAUCCCCAACUGGAUCUACAGGUACAUCAACGAGCCCACCCACAAGGUCGACACCAUUGCCGUGGUGGCCGGCGUGCUCCAGACAAUCCUGUAUAGCGACUUCUUUUGGAUCUAUUACACCAAGGUCAUGAAGGGGGAGAAGUUCAAGCUACCUGUUUGAGGGGUUUCUCCAGGUGGGGUCGUUGCGAUGGAGUUGGUCGGGAUUAUAAAAGAAUAAGCAAGCAGGCUGGUGACAUGGGUGGGUUGGUGGAGAUGUUCUGGAGGGUCUUCUCAUCGGCGCAGGAUGACCAGGACCAAUCGUGGCGGUAAGCAUGCUGCCUGCCAGUAUUCUGCUUCUAUAUGGGAGGAAACGACGGGCAAUGCAUGACUGGCGUCUGGGGCUCAUGCUUGUGUUCUAUGUUUUGCUGACACGGACCCGGAACACGGCGGACGAGGUCUUGACUGGGCACGCUUAUCCGAAAUGGUUUAAAUGUACAUAGACAAAAGAAUCGGUAAAUAUCGGUGAUGCGGUUUGUUUCUUUCAGGCCUCGGGCCGACUGAAUCUUCAAGAAGAGGGUGGCGAGCAGCUCGCGGCGGCCCAUUAAUGUGCAGCCACUGUCAACU